CAAGUGCUGACAACAUUAGUAAAGACAGCUGGACACUGACUGCGGAUUUCUGUUUAAAAAAAUGAGGAGUAUUAUUUUUAUCACAGUUUUCACUGUGUAUGUUUGCGUGUGUUUUACCAAGGCUCAAAGUGGAUCUGUGUUUAAGACAAUCAUUCGAAAUGGAACAGGUCCAGUUCCUACACGAAACCAAACAGUGAUCGUCCAUUACACAGGAAAACUGCAGAAUGGGGAGGUGUUCGACUCGUCACGUGAUCGCAAUGAACCAUUCUCGUUCAAGCUGGGAAUGCAGGAGGUCAUAUCUGGUUGGGACGCCGGGAUUUCGUCCAUGAGAGUCGGAGAAAGGGCUGAAAUAGAAAUCCCACCGGAAUAUGCCUAUGGUGCCGAGGGUUACCCGCCUGUCAUCCCAGCGUCUGCCACGCUCAUCUUCGACAUCGAGCUAAUGGGAAUCGAGGGCGUCACAGACCAGCAACCAACGGUACAGUUGGUGGCACAACCGUCACAAACAUUCGGAGCGGCAGGUUCCGCGGCCGCCUCGAGUGGUGGCGUUGCACAGUUUUCUAGUGCGAACUUCGCGCCACAGUCGCUACCAUCUUCGCAGCCUGCACAACCCAUGGGAGCGGCAAGUUUCGGAACGCAGGGCGUCUCGAGUGGUGGCGUCUCACAGUUUUCUACUGCAAACUUCGCGCCACAGUCGCCAUCCACUGAAUUUCAAGGGUUUUCUUCGAUUUCCCAGUUUCCUCCUGUGAAUUCCGGCGUGAGCACGCAGGGAUUCUCUGGGGCUGCUUCUUCAGCAUCGUCAUCCCAAGGUUUUUCGACCGGCUUUACUGCGCAAACUGCACCUUCUUUUACGCAACCGCAACCACAACGUGAACAACCUCAGACACCCAGUUUCACUGCACCGGAACCGCCAAGGCCCCAACAACCAAGCGGUUUUGGCACAAUGCAGUUCGGAUCCAACUCCAUGUUCCCCUCGUCUAGUAUUGGGUCAGGACAGCCGCCUGUUGUCAGCUUCACCGCACAAGAACCACCAAGGUCCCAACAACCAAACGGUUUUGGUACAAUGCAGUUUGCUUCACAGCCCCAGUCCACGUUUUCUUCAUCUAGGCUUGGGUCAGGACAACCGCAAGUUGUUAGCCCACCUCCAAGCCCCUGGAACCCGCCAAGUUCAUUAGGUGCCGGUUUCCGUUCUCAGAAUUUUGCACCGUCAUCACCGCCAUCCGGGUUUGACACUGGCUCAAGGACGUCUGCUUUUGACUUUCAAGGGUCAAGAUUUGGACAAACUGAACAAUUCGAAAGAGAAUCGACAUUAUUCCCGUCAGGCCCAACGGGACCCGGAUUUCCGGUCGAUCGUGGUAUGGUUAGCCGAUCUGGACCAGGAAUGGGCGUACCCGGUCAGCCCGAAACCUUUGGCAGGUUUGGUCCACCAAAUGACUUUACGGCUGCAGGGGGAGAUUUUACCGACUUUAGAAGCAGUUUCGAAAUGCCACCUUUUGCCGGCUCGCCUACUGCGCCUGGCAUGAGGCCAAGUGAUAGACUCGGUAUGCCCGAAGGCGCAGUGUUAGGUUUUGACAGCAGGCGGGAUCCGCGUCUCGACAUGGCCAGACGCUUGAGGCCAGGAUUUGGUUCAAUGCCGCCGAGAUUUGGUGGCACCGACAUGCUAGUCGGUGGAGCCGACAUGCGGAUGGGAAUGCCCCCGAUGCGAGGCGGCGCUCCAUUCAUGACUCCCGUGCGAUCUCCAUUCAGGAGACUCAUCCGGCGAAGACGCGCGGUUGUAUAGUAAACAUGACUUCCGGUUUAGUGAGGCAGCAUAAUUAACCCCUUCAUUCUUUUUCUGGUGACAGACGAUAUUUGCAAAAUUCGCCAUAAACAAAAUUUCAAAGAGUCGUUUGGAAAAUAUUACCAGAAUACCAGUAUGAAUAUUAAAUUUAGUUUUAUUGACAAGAAAGA